AUGAGCAGGGGGGCCUCUGGGAGCACCCACACAGUAAGGUUCUUGGCUUUGGCUGGCACAGGGGUGCACGGGGGCUGGCAGCAUCAAAUGACCAGGUGGAUGUGCUCCCAUGAGUGCUCCUUCCAACCUGCCCAGUUCCUACUGCUGGUGGGGGUCCCGGUGGCGAGUGCCCUCCUUCUGGUCCAGUGCCUCCGAUGGCACUGUCCUCGCUGGCUGCUGGGGGCCUUUUGGAAGCUGGAUAACCAAGAGGAUCCAGUGUCCCAUCCCACUCCUCUACCAGAAAAUGAGUCCCCAAGGCAGUGCCCGCCAGCCACACUGCCGGAAAUGGCUGCCUUCUACCAGGAACUGCAUACACCCACUCAAGGCCAGACCGUCAUCCGUCAGCUGAUGCACAAGCUGUUGGUGUUUUCGGCUCGAGAGGUGGAUCACCGCGGUGGCUGCCUGAUGCUCCGGGAUAUGGGCAUCUCUCUGCUCAUCCCGCCAGGUGCUGUGGCUGUGGGCCGCCAGGAGCGGGUAUCGCUGAUCCUGGUGUGGGACUUGUUGGAUGCCCCGUCGUUGUCCCGAGCCCAGGGGCUGGUGAGCCCUGUGGUAGCAUGUGGCCCCCACGGGGCCUCCUUCCUGCAGCCUUGCACCCUCACGUUCAAGCACUGUGCCCAGCAGCCCCGCCAUGCACGCACUUACAGCAGCAACACGACCCUGCUCGAUGCCAAGGUCUGGAGGCCCCUAGGGCAGCCAGGGGCCCACACGUCCAGGGACGAGUGUCGCAUCCGCCUCUCUCACUUCAGCCUCUACACCUGUGUGCUGGAGGCGCCUGCGGGCCGGGAAGCCCGCAAAUGGCUGCAGCUGGCUGUGUUCUGCUCGCCGUUGGUGCCAGGACAGUCCCACCUGCAGCUGCGCAUCUACUUUCUCAACAACACGCCCUGCGCCCUGCAGUGGGCCAUGGCCAACGAGCAGCCCCACGGUGGGCGCCUGCGUGGGCCCUGCCAGCUCUUCGACUUCACGGGGGCCCGAGGGGACCAGUGCCUGAAGCUCAAGUACAUCUCUGAGGGUUGGGAGAACGUGGAUGAGAGCAGUUGCCAGCUGGUUCCCCAUCUCCACAUCUGGCAUGGAAAGUGCCCCUUCCGUUCCUUCUGCUUCCGGAGGAAAGCAGCCAAUGAGAAUGAGGACUGCUCAGCGCUUACCAAUGAGAUCAUUGUCACCAUGCAUACCUUCCAGGACGGCAUGGAGACCAAGUACAUGGAAAUCCUCAGAUUCCAGGCAUCAGAGGAAGAAUCCUGGGCGGUGCCACCCCCUGCCUCUCAGCCACCCCCAUGCAACAGGCUGCCUCCAGAGCUCUUUGAGCAGCUGCAAAUGUUGUUGGAGCCAAACAGCAUCACGGGCAAUGACUGGCGUCGACUGGCCUCCCACUUGGGGCUCUGCGGCAUGAAAAUCCGGUUCCUGUCCUGCCAGCGCAGCCCAGCCGCAGCCAUCCUGGAGCUGUUUGAGGAGCAGAACGGCAGCCUGCAGGAGCUGCACUACCUCAUGACCGUCAUGGAGCGGCUGGACUGCGCCUCGGCCAUCCAGAACUACCUGAGCGGGACGCACGGCGGCGGGGGCGCCCAGGAGAACCAGGGCUUGGAACUGGACGAGAAGCUCUGA